UCUAGAGCAAUGAUUGGUAAUAGAGGAUAAAGAUCUUUGUGCAGCUGCUCGUGUGAUGCAAGAUAAGUCUAAUUAUUGUUCAUAAUGACGUAUUUGCAAAUCAUAUGAACACCUCAGCUUCAACAUAUGUGAAAUUUGAGAACGAUUCCCAAUUAAAUUAUCAAGGACACUACGAAAUAAUGUGUGUUCCAUCCAAAGUAAUACGUGUUCUCGUAGCAGAGAUACUUAAAGCCCCAAUUUCCAGAGCUCCAAGAAGAAACGGCCAAGGUUAAUUUUGCCCAAAAAAUAAGGAAAGACCUAUAUUUUGGCUCGUCUUCAAGAACAAGAAGUGUCUGUCACCAAUCUGUGCUCACUGUCUUAGCUGUCUGGCAUGCAUACUAGAUUUAGAUAGAUGGAACAUUUUGUUGUCAUAGAAUUUUUUUAUCAUUAUCAAAAAGCAGUCGUUAUCAUCUUCUGACGCAAUCAAAGAUAACAUCAAGUUGGAACUUAAGAUUCAAUUUGUCUCAAAGUCAGAAAUGUGACGGUUAGCUUGAGAGACGGGAAGCUUCGUGGGAUUUGGUCAAUCCACCCAAUGCGGUGCUUCUCAAUAAGACUGGUCUUUGGGCGAAACAUUUGACCUUGGAACCAUUUGAUUUAUUUAUCUAUUUCCAGUUCCUGGAGUUUAUUUAGUUCCAGUUCUUGGAGUAUACUUUUCAGAAGCUAUAUCGAGAAAUAUUAUUGGUGAGAAUCAAUCUUAGGUAGCGUCCAACUAUAAAAGCCUGAUGGAGAUAAUUAUUUCCCAGUCACGCCAAACCGAACAUCUCUAAUCUGCUGGACCUUUUCCUGUGGUGUUGUUCCUUGUGGUUUAAGGGUGCAGCACCGUUGAAAUAAUAUCAUACGCAUUGUUGCCGGUCAGCAAUUGAUCUUUGAAUUGAGAAGUCCAUCUUCCCUAUCAUCUCGUAUUUCACCGAUAUACAUAUUUACAUAAAUUUAUGGGUACAAAGUUUCAUCCUGAGAAACACAUGGGGAAAAGUGUUUUAAAAGUCCUAAACUUUUUGUAUUUGUGCCAAUUUAGUCAUAAACUUUUUUUUUGUGCCAAUUUAAUCUUAAUCAUUUUUACUUAGUGCCAAUUCAAUCAUUUCCAGCCAAUUUUGGCCGGAUUUAGUUGAGCCAAAAAUCAUGGUUAACGAGUUUGGUCAAGCCGAACUAGUGAUUAAUUAUUUUCAUGGAAGUUGUGGGGUAUUGAUGAUGAAAGAAAACAAGUAGAGUUUCGAGUUCCACCAAAUAAUUGUCAAUGCAUGAAAGCAGUUUAAUAUGGCCAUCGACGGGCUUGAUAUAUACUAUAACAUCACGUAGGUCUGCCCUCAUGAAAUCCAUAAAAUUAAAAAUGGGGCUUGGAUUCUAGAGUGGAAUUUUCUGAAGCCAUGAGAUAAAUAAGUCAACUUAACGAUAAAGAAGAAUCGACUUGACCGUGUCUAGGCCAAUUUAUGCACUCUUAUUUUGUUCUAAAUUUACUUAUUGAAAUAAUUAGUUUCUGAUUGGUAUGCAAUAUCAUACGCCAAUGAAUGUCAAAGGCAACAACUGAACGCCUUCAAUCAGCACUUGAUUUGAUAAAGAAUAAGCAAGUCCAAGCCAUAAUAGGCCCUCAAGGUUCAGUACAAGCAGACUUCAUCAUUGACCUUGGAAACAAAUCUCAUGUGCCCAUCAUCUCUUUUUCCGCUACUAGUCCGUCCCUCAGUUCGAUUCGGAGUCCAUACUUCAUUCGAGCCGCACAAAAUGACUCGUCCCAAGUGAAUGCCAUAAGCGCGGUCGUGCAAGCCUUUGGCUGGAAAGAAGCUGUCCUCAUAUAUGUGGACGACGAGUUCGGAGAAGGCGUCAUACCUUCUCUUACUGAUGCUUUGGAAGAAGUCGACACGCGAGUGUCCUAUAGGAGCCUCAUACCUCCUUCGGCCACGGACGAUCAAAUCCUAGGAGAACUCUACAAGUUAAUGACGAUGCAAACGAGGGUCUUCAUCGUGCACAUGUCAACUACCCUUGGUUCUCGACUAUUUGCCAAAGCAAAAGAGAUAGGAAUGAUGAACGAAGGUUAUGUGUGGAUCUUGACUAAUGGAAUUACUAACCGAUUGAAUUCGAUGGAUUCGUCUGUUGUCGCCGGUUCGAUGCAAGGAGUACUGGGCAUCAAGACUUAUGUCCCGGACACGCAAAACCUAGACAACUUUACGGUGAAAUUCCAAAAAGACAACCCAUCCGUCCUUAAUCCUAAGCUGAACAUUUUCGGAUACUGGGCUUAUGAUGCUGCUUGGGCUCUGGCAAUGGCUAUCGAGGAAAUGGGUGCUGCAAAUUUUACCUUCCAAGCGUUAAACGCUUCGACAAAUGCGACGGAUCUUGACACUAUUGGGGUCUCUCAAAAUGGCCAGAAACUUCUCCAAAAACUAGCCAAUACGACAUUCGCAGGCCUCACUGGAAAUUUUGGCCUCGUCAAUGGGCAGCUAGAGUCGUUAGCAUUCCAGAUUGUUAAUAUCAACGGAAAUGCAGCAAGAGGGAUUGGGUUUUGGACGCAAGAAAAUGGGCUACUAAGAGAUUUGAAUUCAUCCAACAUAGGCAAAUAUUCCACUUCGAAGAGUAAUCUGGGACCAAUAAUAUGGCCAGGAGAUUCAACCUCUUUUCCUAGGGGAUGGGAGAUUCCAACGAAUGGGAAGAGGUUAAAAAUCUUAGUUCCCGUAAAGGAUGGUUUCAAACAAUUCGUGACGGUGACUCCUGUACCCAGCACAAAUACAUCCAAAGUUACUGGAUACUGUAUUGACAUCUUUCGAGCCGUGAUAGAAAAAUUGCCUUAUGAUGUGGCUUAUGACCUUAUUCCAUUUGCCUCGCCAAAUGGAAGUAGCAAUGGCAGUUAUGAUGACAUGAUUAAUCAAGUAUAUAACCAGAACUAUGAUGCAGUGGUGGCGGAUACAACGAUCAUUGCGAACAGAUCAUCAUACGUAGAAUUCACCUUACCAUACACCCAAUCCGGUGUUUCGAUGCUCGUGCCAUACAAGAACAACAAGAGCAAGAAUGCUUGGGUUUUCUUGAAGCCCCUCACUUGGGACCUUUGGCUAACAAUAGGAUGCUUCUUUGUGUUUAUAGCAUUGGUCGUGUGGAUUCUCGAACAUCAAAUCAACGAAGAUUUCAGGGGUCCAGCCUCGCAUCAAGUUGGCACAAGCUUCUGGUUUUCAUUUUCAACCAUGGUCUUCGCACAAAGGGAGAGUGUAUCAAGCAAUCUAGCGAGAUUUGUUGUGAUAGUGUGGGUUUUUGUGGUACUUAUACUAACGCAAAGUUAUACGGCAAGCUUGAGCUCUCUUUUGGUGGUGCAAAAUCUUCAACCAACUGUGACUAAUGUGGAUCAGCUCCUAAAGAGUGGAGAAAAAGUGGGAUACUUAUACGGCUCUUUUGUUCACGGAAUGCUAAAGCAAAUGAAGUUUGACGAUUCUAGACUUAUAUCUUAUCAGUCUCCGGAAGAAUGUGAUGCGCUUCUUUCCAAUGGAAGUGCAAAUGGCGGGAUUGCAGCAGCAAUCGACGAAGUCCCCUACAUUACACUUGUUCUUUCUCAAUAUUGCAACAAAUAUACUAUGAUCCCAACCUUUAAAACUGCUGGAUUUGGCUUCGUUUUCCGUAAAGGGUCUCCGCUAGUGUCGGAUAUUUCAAGAGCAAUCCUCAACGUAACUGAAGGGCCUGAAAUGAAGGCAAUCGAAAAUGGGUGGCUUACACCAAAAACCAGCUGCUUGGAAACGGCUAACUCAAUUUCUUCCAACAGCUUGAGUCUUGAUAGUUUCUGGGGCCUAUUCUUGAUUGCUGGAGUUGCUGCUGUUUUAGCUCUUCUCAUUUUCAUGGUCAUGUUCGUCAAAAGAAAUUGGCAUAUCGUCACAAGUUCUUCAGGUUCAAUGCGGGAGAAAAUUGUUGCAUUGGGAAGAAGAUUUUACCAAAGAGACCUCAACUCCCAUACUUUUAGGAAAGCUAGAUUUAGAGAUAGAAAUAUGGAAGAUGGUGCCAAUGAGAUUGCAGCUGUUGAAAUUAUAGAACACACCAACUUCCCCCCGAGUCCGUCAAGCGACUCCAGCCAAAUCGACGUUGUCUUAAUCAAUGAGCAAGGGGCACCAUAUACAGAGCAAGGACUUCCUAAUCAUGUAUUCGAAGGGUGCCCCGAGUUAGCAAUAAACACCGAGCCUACCAAUGUAAAUAAAGAGAUGUAGAUGCCUCAAGAACCAUAGAUACUGGACUUUAAUCCUUGACUAGUUGAAGUCGGUACUUCUAGAUGACAAUAUCUUCCCUCUCACUCUCUUCUCAUGUAAGGAAUGCCAUUGAAACUGCUUGUUGUCUAAUCUCAGACAAUAUGGACGAAAGACAGAUGUUUUUCAUUCAGCA